UGGAAAAUUGUAGAGAGAGACAGAGUUGUAGAGUGAGGGUGGUUUGAAAGUGGGCACGGCUGGUGGCUGUACUUGUUGCAGACUAAGGUGUGUCCAAUAAAUCUUUUACUCAGGAUACUGCAGACAAUUGGUUCCAAAGUUCAAGGGUACAAAUACACAAGAGAACAGCGCGGAGUUGGAAAACCAGAAGAAGACGAGUAAAAGAGAAGUGUCAAGGUGAUUAAUUUGGGAUUUCUUUUUUCCUAAUUCAGUCACUGGCGUGGACAGAAUAAACACAGACAAGACAAAAUAUGGCAGACAAGACAAGUCCGAGAGGCAAUUCUGGUGACUUUGCUAAAAAAGUCCAAAGACAGCUGAGCAGAGGCAAAGAAAAGGUAAUGCAGAGGCUGGGAAAGUCAAUGGAGACCAGAGAUGAUCUUUUUGAACAUUGUCUCCAAAACUUUAGUGACCAGCAGACUGAUGGGAACCGAAUAUACAAGGACUUGAGGGUCUACGUUAAUGCAGUUAGAGACAUGCGUGAAGCUUCAAGACGCCUUUCCCAGUCUCUGUUUGAUGUUUAUGAAUCUGACUGGGCUGGAGAGGAAGAUUUAGGAGCCAUUGUUGAGGGGGAGGACCUCCUGUGGAAUGACUACGAGGUGAAGCUAUUAGACCAGGCCGUGCGCACCAUGGAGUCCUACGUGAGCCAAUUCCCUGAUGUUAGGGACAAAAUUGCCAAGAGGGGAAGAAAGCUGGUUGACUACGACUCCUCCCUUCACCAGCUAGAGGCACUGCAGACUGCGAAAAAGAGGGAUGAUGUCAAGAUAAGCAAGGCAAAAGAAGAGAUGAAUACUGCCAAAGUUAUCUAUGAGGGGAUCAAUAACGAUCUGAAAGAGGAGCUCCCAGUUCUCUUUGACAGUCGUAUUGGAUGCUACGUAGCUGUCUUCUCAGCUGUGUCAAAUUUACGAGACAUCUUCCACAAGGAAAUGAGUACGCUCAAUCAAGAUCUACAAAAUGUGAUAAAGGAGCUGCAGGCUCAGCAUCCAGACAAAGCAUUUGCUGUAAAGGGAUUGUCCCGGUAUGGCUCACUGAAAAGACGAAGUCUGAUCUCUCCAAAGGCUUGGAAGGCCAGCUUUUCUGAGGUUCACAGGAGCUUCAGUCCUAGAACGAGCCAGCGGUUUAGUUUCAGAUCCCCGGAAAAACCUCCACACAGCACCUUGUCCAGAGAAGGCAGCAUGCUUAGAGGGUCUUUAGUCGAGUCCAGGGAACUGGAUGUAGGGUCGUACCAAAGUGAGGUCCACAGCCCUUCUGCACAGGAAGAUGCUGUAGAGAGUGCAUCAGGAAGUGAGCUGAAGUCGGGAGACAACAACAAUCAAGUUGAAGGAGAAAAGGCUGUGAAAGAAGAAGAGCCCAAGCCGCCCGUAGAAUCGGAAAAUAAAGGAGAUGGAAAAAAAGAUCUACCAAGUGCAAGCAGCUCUGAACAAAAUAACUCCUAUGAAUCAGAUAGCUUGGAGCUCCAGCUGUCUGCAGCAGACAAUGGCCCACUGCACAUUGAAGAGACGGACGACAGCCCGGUAACCCUUGAAACUCCAAAACUGAACAGACUGGAGAAUGGUGACGCUUCUGGCUUGAAUUCUGACGCCAAGGAUCUGAGCAUUCCUCAGAAGGACGUCCCUGCAGAGAAAGAGAUAUCCUCGAACUCAAAAAACACAAUGAACCAAACAGCGCCGACCUGACUGAAGUCAACAGCUGCAGAAGAAAGGAAAAAAAAGAAAGAAAGAAAGGGCGACAGUUGCAACUGACAAGUUCAACUGUGAUUUCACAACUGACGAACUGUUGCUGUUAGUUUUCUUAUUUAUCUUUUAAGGAAAUCAACUUUACAUAUAUAUUGGUGUCUUUGGGAAAACCUAUAUUUUCAUAAACUCACUCACUGCAUUAUUAAAGCAAAUACAUUUUAAAAUGAGGGAUUUAUACAACUAAUGCUAACAAAGACAGAAGCUCUACAUAGGUUUACACUGCU